AAACAUGACACAGCGGGGUGCAAAACGAAAUUAAAUAUUUUUAAGCGAAAGAUGCAUUUUAACUGUGCAGCGUGUAACAUAAAAUGUGAAGAUAACUAAGAUUGUAGCUGAGACUUGCUAAGAGUUUGCAACAUGUUUGUGUCUACGGCUCUGCUGACUGAAGGUAAAAGGAAAAGUGCAGUGUGCAGUAAAAUUGGGCGUUUGGUUAACAAAUGCAAUAAAAUUUCAACAAACAAUACAUAAAAUGUAGUCUUGAAGUGUGCCUGGUGCUUUGUGUGCUUGUUUGUGCAUGUUCCUGUGUGCUUGCUUCAGUCAGUUGUAAGUUUUUAUUUUGCAGCUGUUUAUAAAUAUUCUCACUUCACUGCGGCGAAAAUAUAACUAAAUCGCUUUAGCAAUCGAUGGUGUUUGGGAACCUACUUCUUUAGUUAAAAAAAAAGUAAACGAAAAUAAGCAGAAACCUAUCGUAGAAACAUUAACCCCUUCCCCAAGUAAAUUAGCAUCUGGUGCCGGGUGCAGGAAGCUCUGUAAUAGACAUAAAACUAACUCAGCAUGGUACGCAGUCGUCGCAGUCUCUCCAAAGAGGAUGCCGUCUCUCUGCUCACGGAUAGCGGUAUCUCGCUGUCAUCGCCGCCGGCGGCGCGUGAAUCCUCGCCUGCUGCGACGGCCAUUAAGCGACGCAAGAGCAGCGUCAACAGCAGUUUGCAAGAUUUGUAUGUGGAUGGCGAGCAGGAGGCUGAGCAGGACUCAACCGAUACAGAUGCAGACUACAUUCAACCGGAGCCAAAGAAAUCACCGCGUAAAGCAGAGUCCGCCAAACGCAAGCAACACGUGUGCAGUCAUUGCUCUAAGGAAUUCGGUGGCAAAACCGAUUUGCAACGUCACAUGCUCAUCCACUCCGAUGAGCGCCCACACAAAUGCAUCGACUGCGGCAAAUGCUAUCGCCAGGCGGUGAAUCUUAAGAACCACAUCACCACCGCCCACGAGCACAAGAAACAGUUCGCAUGCACGCAGUGUCCCAAAUCGUUUGCACUCAAGGAACGCCUUAAGCUGCACAUGCGUCUGCACUCGGGUGAGAAGCCAUAUCCAUGUGCACUGUGCGAGAAACGUUUCGCGCGGGGCGGCCAACUCCAGCAGCACAUGGUAUCCCAUCACAAGAUGAGCAUACAGCAAUUCAACUGCACCAAGUGUUCGGCCAGCUUUUCGACCAAUGCCAAUCUUCGUGUGCACAUGGAACGGCAUGAGCAGGGUAUGGAACACAAAUGCUCCAUAUGCGAAAGCCAAUUUGCCACUGAAUUGGCACUGCGCGCCCAUAUCAAUCAGGAGCACCAUAAGCUGAGUCAAUUUGAAUGUGAAGUAUGCCAUAAGACCAUCGAGCCAGAUGAAGAUCUAGCCACUCACAUGCAGAAGCACGCAGCGGUUAAGACGCAUGUCUGCGAGGUGUGCAAUUCGUAUUUUACUCAAAAGUCCCAAUACAAUGUGCAUAUGCGAAUGCAUACGGGGGAGCGGCCGUAUCAGUGUCGGAUCUGUCAUCAAACAUUCGCCCACUCCAGCGUGCUUAAGCUACACAUUCGCAAGCACACGGGGGAAAAGCCAUUUCGCUGCCAGCUAUGUGCGGACGAGGUGGCCUUCUCGCAGUUAGCGCAUCUUAAGAAUCACAUGAAGAAGAUACACAAGCAACAGAAACCCUACAUGUGUCCUGGGUGCCAUGAGUUCUUUAAAAUCAAAGUGGAGCUACAAGCACAUAGCGAGCAGUGUGCCAAGUGCAAAGCAACGGGCGAGCUCAACGAUAGCCAGAGCGAAGAUGUUCAAACACUAUCCAACAUUCGCUUUAACAUUGCCGUUGUGUUGAAAAAGAUUAGCUCAUCGCAGAAGCUGCGUCAGCUGGGCUAUGAAAAGCGUUUGAUUGAUAAUGUUAUCAUAGCAUCACUAAAGCUGGCACAGCGUCCGUCACAUGACGAUGCAACACUGACGCCUUUGGCCAGGCUACGUUUAAAUGUCGAAGAGUUUCUCAAGUGGAUUGUGCCGACGCAGACCAUGCAGAAGUUCAGCGAGGAGCUUCUCUCGAUCGAUACGAUACUCGACAAGAUUGCGACGAUGUACAUGAACCAGAAAUAGAAAGCUACUAAUGCUCACUGCUUUCCAGCAAAGCGAAUGUGCCAUAGAGUAAACGCCGUGCUUAGAAUUAGUUCUUGCCAUUUAAUUUAGCUUAACCCCAAAAAGUUAAAUAGAAAAUUCAACCAAAUGAUUUAGUCCAAAGAUAUUUAGAUUUAAGCACAAAUAUGAAUUUACACAGUCCUAAUUUUAGUUAUGCCAAAAAAGAGAACACCAAACCGGAUCAAGGGCAUUCCCUUGUUCCACUGUAUGAAAACUUGCCAGAGCAGUGAUUACCGCUUAGGUUUUACUCUAAGUUUGCUUAAAUUAAACUUAAUUCAUUGUGGCCAUGCAUAUUUACUUAAUUUAAUAGAGUUGCAUUUUGUAUCCACUUCAUUACACCCGUUAACGAAACCAAAUAUAAACCAAUUGAAAUUUAGAUUUGUAAC